UGUUGUUGUUAUUUUUUCGCCAAAUGUAGGAUAUUUUCAUAAAGUCCAGCCGAAUGCUUUCAUAACUAUAUAUACAGCGUGGUGAGCUUUACUCUACUGGAAACACUGAUCCAGAAACUUUUUCUCCCGGGAACUGGGUCAUCCUGAAAACGAUGCCAAGCCCUUCGGAUCCACGAUGUUCUAGCAAAUUCUGAGCAGGAUUCCGAGCCUUCUACUUUCUAGUGCGGCAGAAAACCAGAAUUUCUGGACGGAACCCUUAUUGCCAAACUGUGCUUCCACUGUGGAAGGGUAGGAAAUAAGGAGCUGGAAUGGGGUUUUGGAUGGCUGAACCAGCAGUCGAAGAUCAGGAAGAGUGAUCCUUGACCAUCUGGCCAUAUUCAAUCCUAUAUGGAGGGUAUUGCUCUACAUUUGCUGGAUGGCCGAGAGUGGUGUAAAACAACCAUUGUUAACUGAAUCACUUGAUGUUGCGCCAAAAACUAACCAAAAAAUUAAUCACAGAAGAAGAUUCCGCCGAUGCAAAAGUGCACCACUAGCAGAAUUUACCCCUGGAGAAUUGAAUGGAAAGGAUGGCUCACUUCCUCGCUCUGAAUCCAUCUUCAAUAAACUCCAUCCAAGUAUAAGGAAGGUUGCCAUUUACUUAUUCUUGUACCUGGCUGUAGGCGCCAUCUGCUUUUACAUUGUUAGGCACCAGAUUGCAGGAGAAAGGACUGAUGGAGUUCUUGAUUCGGUUUACUUUUGCAUUGUGACAAUGACCACUGUGGGAUAUGGAGACCUUGUGCCUAACAGUGUAGCUACGAAACUGCUAGCCUGUGUUUUUGUAUUCUCAGGGAUGGCAUUAGUUGGUCUGAUGCUGAGCAGAGGAGCAGAUUACUUAGUAGAGAAGCAGGAGGCAUUGUUGGUUAAAGCAUUGAAUUUACGCCCAAAAGUUGGACCAACAGAAACGACGGAGGAGAUUGAAACACGCAAGGUCAGCUACAAGUGUGCAACUGUAUUUAUCUUUUUGCUGGUGUUGAUAGUAGUUGGGACAGCCUUCCUGACCAUAGUUGAGAAACUAGACAUUGUUGAUGCCUUUUACUGCGUCUGCUCCACCAUCACAACCCUUGGUUACGGGGAUAAAAGUUUCUCGACCAAGGCUGGGCGUAUUUUUGCAAUUUUUUGGAUUUUGACAAGUACACUUUGUUUGGCUCAAUUUUUCCUUUAUGUUGCUGAGCUGAACACUGAGAAGAGACAGAAGGAACUGGUUAGAUGGGUCCUUACUAAGCCGAUGACCAACGUGGAUCUUGAAGCUGCUGAUCUUGAUGAUAAUGGUAUAGUUGGUGCUGCUGAGUUUGUCAUAUACAAGCUCAAAGAGAUGGGAAAGAUCAGCCAAGAAGAUAUCUCAGUUGUGCUGGAAGAAUUUGAAUAUCUUGACGUUGAUCAGUCUGGAACUUUGUCAACCUCUGAUAUAUCCCUCGCCCAAUCAUCUUAAACUGCGAUGUGAUUACCUUAUCUUUAAAAAAAAAAAAAAAUAGUGAUGAUAUCCUUUCUGCUAGUUGCUUGUCGUCAUAUAGAAAUUCUUCUUUGUUGUCUACCAUGCUUCACGCAGAAGCAUGCUCCUUUCAACUUGUCAUGAAUGUAAAUGAACUUGAUGUUCUUGUCUCAGAACUGUGGGAUGAUGGCACAAGUUCUUUCUUCAUGAUGAGUAUUUAGAAAAAGUUAGCCAAUUCAGUCACUGGACGCGUUAACAUCUCCUGUAGGGGCUUCCAAGAUUGUCAGUUUGUUCUAUGUUCAAUUGCAGUCCCAUUAAAG